AUGGGUGGAAAAAUUGAUAGAACUAUUAACAACGGAACAUCGCCGCCUAUAUUCCGUAUAAAUGGUCAAAAUUUCCAUCGCAUUGGAAGUUUAUUGCCUUCACUUGGCACUCAACCUAAAUUUGCACAAUUAUACAUUCACGAUACAGAGAAUGAGAUAGAAAAUCGCUUCAACUCUUUCAGGGCGGAAAACAAUGGUUUUACAUUGCAUCUUGAUGUAGUUCAUGACAUUAAGCAAGACCUAGAUGAGCACAAUGUUUUGGUUAAGUCAUUCCGAAUGGCCAAGUCAUUUAUGGAAUCUAAUCCUAAAAGUGAAAUUAGAAUGAGAUUAAUAGGGAAGAGGUCUAAAGAUGCCAGAACGUAUGCGCUACCAACUACUUCCGAGGUUGCUGCUCUCAUUGUUGGAGAUUUAUACCCUUGCAUGGGUGAACGUGAUAUUGUGGUCGAGUCUAAAUCUGGAAUGCUUAAACGAAUAAGUGAAUUAAACCCAGCGUAUCUACCAUUGCAAUACCCAAUUUUAUUUCCAUAUGGAGAGGAUGGUUUUAGGGAAGAUAUACAUUUUGCAACACAUGGUACUAAACAAAAUUUUGCAAGAAAGAGUGUUUCACAAAGAGAGUACUUCGCGUUCCGUACUCACGAAAGAUCAAAUGAGAUCUCAACUAUAAUGUACGCUAAAAGGUUAUUCCAACAAUUCUUGGUUGAUGCGUAUACUAUGGUUGAAUCUUCGAGGUUACUAUAUAUUAGGUCAAAUCAAAAAGCUUUGAGGUGUGAGGCGUACAAUGGUCUCUCUGAUGCGUUGACACGAGGUGAAGUUCAACCUAGCUCUCAAGGUAAAAGAAUAAUAUUACCUUCAAGUUUCACGGGAGGAGCAAGAUACAUGAUACAAAACUACCAAGACGCCAUGGCAAUUUGCAGAUUUAUAGGUUAUCCAAAUCUGUUUAUUACUUUUACAUGUAAUCCUAAAUGGCCGGAGAUUCAACGCUUUUUGGAGAAAAGAAAUUUGAAAGCUGAAGAUCGACCGGACAUUGUUUGCCGAGUUUUCAAGAUGAAGCUAGACUGCUUAAUAAAAGAAAUAAAAAAUGGGAAACUGUUUGGUGCGAUAAGGACAGUAAUAUACACAAUUGAGUUUCAGAAACGGGGUCUUCCACAUGCUCAAAUAUUACUGUUCCUACAAGGGACGAGCUGCUUUGCCAAUCCUGCUUUUAUGGACACGAUCAUUUCUGCCGAGAUCCCAGACAAGCUGAUGGUCAUUGAGUAUUACAAAGCUGUCGAAGAAUUCAUGAUGCACGGCCCGUGUGGUGUUGCCAGGAGCAAUUCACCGUGCAUGGUAAAUGGCAAGUGCUCGAAGCAUUUUCCAAAAAGAUAUAUUGAUGCAUCUCAUUUUGACCAGGAUGGUUACCCGUUGUAUCGAAGAAGGGAUGAUAAGAGGACAAUAAAAAAAAAUGGAAUAGAGUUGGACAAUAGGUAUGUUGUACCACAUAAUCGGUACUUGCUCUUGAAAUACAAAGCCCACAUUAAUGUGGAGUGGUGUAACCAAUCUAGGUCAAUCAAGUACCUAUUCAAGUAUGUCAACAAGGGUAACGACCGUGUAACGGCUGAGUUUUACAAGACUACGAUGGAUGAAGCUGGUAAUGAGAUGGUGGAUGAAAUAAACAUGUACUAUGACUGCAGAUACAUCUCUGCAUGCGAGGCAGCUUGGAGGUUGUUUAGUUUUGAAGUCCAGUACAGAACUCCACCGGUUGAGCGACUAAGCUUUCACUUGCCUGACUGCCAAUCAGUUGUUUUCCAAGACGAUGAUACGAUUGAUCAUGUCCUCAAUAGAGAGACCGUUGGGCAAAGUAUGUUUAAUGCAUGGUUUGUAGCCAACCAGAAGUUUAAAGAAGCGAGCUUAUUAACUUACAUUGAGAUGCCUACCAAAUUUGUGUGGAAAAAGGACAUCCGUGAAUGGCAUCCAAGAAAAAAGGGUUUCUCAAUUGGUCGAAUAUUCUAUGUACCACCAGCUUCAGGAGAAAUUUAUUAUUUAAGGUGUCUAUUGAACAUAGUCCGUGGUCCUAAAGGUUUCCAAGAUAUUAGGACAGUUAAUGGUGUUGAGUACUUGACCUUUAGAGAUGCAUGUUAUGCUCAUGGAUUGCCCGAAAAUGUUUGGAAUCAAGUGUGGCAACAUUUGUCUGAAGAUGCUCAACACUAUCAAAGAAGAAUAUUAAAACAACCAGAUUUGGUCUUAACAGAGGAAGAGAAAAAGAACUUUGCAUUGUUGGAAUUGGAAAACCUUUUGGGGCAACAAAAUAAGUCUUUAAAAGACUAUCCUCCGAUGCCAAUACCAAGUACAGAUAAUUCAAGGUUGUUUCAGAAUCGGUUGGUUUUUGAAGAGUUAUGUUACAAUCACGAGCAGUUGAAAGAAUAUGCUGAAGUGCUGUGUGCCAAACUAACUGAAGAACAGAGUCUCAUCUAUGAUACGGUUAUACAAGACAUUGCAGACGGUAAAGGUGGCUUAUUUUUUGUUUAUGGUUAUGGUGGAACAGGAAAGACUUUCUUGUGGAGAGCGUUGUCAGUUGCAAUCCGAUACAAAGGUCAGAUCAUUUUAAAUGUGGCAUCAAGUGGCAUAGCUUCUUUGUUGUUACCAGGUGGCCGAACUGCUCACUCAAGAUUUGCAAUACCUAUUGCAAUAAACGAAGACUCGACCUGUAACAUUAAGCAAGGUAGCGACAUGGCUGAAUUGUUGAUAAAGACGAGUUUGAUAAUAUGGGAUGAAGCUCCCAUGAUGCACAAACAUUGCUUUGAAGCCUUAGAUCGAACUAUGCGGGAUUUGUUGCGUUUUGUAGACCCGUGUGGUGAAAUGAAGACAUUUGGUGGUAAAACAGUUGUUUUGGGUGGAGAUUUCCGGCAAAUUCUCCCAGUAGUUCCAAAAGGUACACGACUAAGUUCGGUACCCAACGGUGGAAACCGGCAGGGAUUACAAGAAUUUGCCGAUUGGAUUGCUAAUGUCGGUGAUGGAAAGCUGGGUGGGCGGAAUGAUGGUUUCGCAGAGGUUGUAAUUCCAAAACACAUGUUACUGUCAUCCGGAGGGGAAGAUAUUAAAACAAUUGUGCAUAGUACAUUUCCUAUGUUUGCAAAUGGAAACACCGACCCCGAGCAUCUGCUAGGUCGUGCUAUAUUAGCUCCAACGCUCGAUGUGGUCAACGCCGUCAAUGACUAUAUGACUGAGUUGCAUAAUACCGAAAGCAGGUCAUACUAUAGUUCAGACGCAGUAUGCAAAGCCGAUGGCGACAACGGCAUACUUGGAGAUGUACACCCACCGGAAUUUCUAAACAGCAUUAGGGUUUCAGGUCUACCAAAUCAUACACUGACUUUGAAAAUCGGUUCACCGGUAAUGUUAAUGAGAAAUAUUGACCAUUCUCUUGGUUUGUGCAAUGGAACUCGGUUGAUAAUUACAAAGCUAGCAGACCAUGUUAUUGAAGGCGAGAUUCUGACCGGACCUAACAAAGGUACAAAAGUGUUGAUCCCCCGAAUGUCAAUGUCAGCCUCUGAUCCAAGAUUGCCGUUCAAGUUUCAACGAAGGCAAUUCCCAUUAAUGCUUUCAUAUGCAAUGACCAUAAACAAAAGUCAAGGACAAACGUUGACUCAUGUUGGUUUAAUACUAAAGAAAUCGGUUUUUGUACACAGUCAGUUGUACGUAGCUGCAUCUCGGGUUAACAAUCCAGACGGUCUCAAAAUAUUGAUAGUCAAAGACCCAAGUUCAACUACUACAUCAACCACUAAUGUUGUAUAUCAUGAAGUUUUCAAUAAUUUGUAA